CGGGCCGCCCCUUCCCCGUGUGUGAGCCGUGCCGUGCCGUUCUGCCGGCGGCCGUGGGCUCCCCCCGCGCCCGCCCAGCCCAGCCGAGCCGGGGCUGACGGUGUCCGCAACGGGAGGAGGAAGAGGAGGAGGAAGGCUCCGGGGGGCUCCGGGCAGCUGAGGGCCGGCCGCCCCCCUGCGCGCGGGAGCCUUUGUGUCCCCCAGCCCCGGCGGAGUGCGGGGCCGGGGGCAGGGAGCGGAUGCGGAGAGCGGCUGGUGCUGCUGGAGGAGGAAGAGAAAAGGGGGAUGGUGGAAGAUUGCUCUUCUUUUUUUUUUUUUUUUUUUUUUUUUUCCCCCUUCUUUUUUUUGGUGGUCUCUUCGGCAGCGGCUCCUCGUCCCCGGCGGCGGCAGCAGCAGCAGCAGCAAGGCGGGCGAUGACCGUGCCGCAUCCGGAUCGCCCGGGCGGAGGUGCGGGCUCCGCGGCCACCCCCCGGCCCUGAGGCUGCCCACCUGGAGGAGGUAGAGCCGCGGGGCUGCGGCCGGGGGCUGGCGGCGGGAAGAGGGGGAAAGACCGCCUCCCCAUCCCCACACACCCUCCGGGAUCCAGUGUGAGCUGCGGGAGGAGAAGGCAGCGGAGGAGAGACUUUUUCUUCUUCCUUUCCCCUCAUACCCCCCUUUUAAUUUUUUUUUUUUAAUUUUAUUUUUAUUUUUAACAUUUUUCUUUCCUUGGGCGACGAUCCCUGCUCCUCGUGUGCCUCCUGGUACCGUGGCCAGCUCUGCUUUUCAUGACUGGAUUGUGGCAGCAGCAGCAGCAGCUCCCCGCUGCAGGUUGUUGAGGAACCGAUGGGGAUUGGCAUCUCGGCAACCGGAGGUGACUAAAGAAAUACUGAAUUCAGUACUCUGCAAAAAUAGCGUAUGGAUUUUCAGCACCUGAAGAACAAGAAAAGGUCACAGAUUCUGGAUACUGGCUGUGGGAUUUUUUUAUUAUUAUUUUUAUUAUUUUUGAUUGGCUUUUUCUCCCUUCUUGGAUGUGAGUUGAAGGCCAACAGCUGAAGUGUUGAAAACCAGUGCAGAAGGACACUCACCUUGUUUUGUUUGAACCUUUGUUUGCUGGGAUACUUUCAAGCCCUCCUUCACAGUCAUGUGGUCAUCACAGCUACUGUUCUUCACAAUGCUCUUAACACCGUUAGCCCAUGCUUUCAGCCGUGCCCCGGUCCCCAUGGCUGUGGUCCGAAGGGAACUGUCCUGUGAGAGUUACCCCAUAGAGCUUCGCUGCCCGGGAACAGAUGUUAUCAUGAUUGAAAGUGCCAACUAUGGGAGGACUGACGAUAAAAUCUGUGACUCUGAUCCUGCUCAGAUGGAGAAUAUCCGCUGUUAUCUGCCAGAUGCCUAUAAGAUUAUGACUCAAAGAUGCAGUAAUCGGACCCAAUGUGCUGUUGUGGCCGGCCCUGAUGUGUUUCCAGACCCUUGCCCUGGGACGUACAAAUACCUGGAGGUUCAGUAUGAAUGUGUCCCUUACAUUUUUCUUUGCCCUGGACUGCUAAAAGGAGUAUACCAGAGCGAACACCUGUUUGAAUCCGACCACCAGUCUGGUGCCUGGUGCAAAGACCCGCUGCAGGCGUCUGACAAGAUCUACUAUAUGCCCUGGACGCCUUAUCGAACAGACACCCUGACGGAGUACUCCUCCAAGGAUGACUUCAUCGCUGGGAGGCCAACCACGACCUACAAACUCCCGCACCGAGUGGACGGCACAGGGUUUGUGGUGUACGAUGGGGCUUUGUUCUUCAACAAGGAGCGAACCCGAAAUAUAGUCAAGUUUGACUUGCGGACAAGGAUAAAAAGCGGGGAGGCUAUCAUAGCUAAUGCAAAUUACCAUGACACCUCUCCCUACCGCUGGGGAGGCAAGUCUGAUAUAGACCUGGCCGUGGAUGAGAAUGGGCUAUGGGUAAUCUAUGCAACAGAACAAAAUAAUGGCAAAAUAGUCAUUAGCCAGUUAAACCCUUAUACGUUAAGGAUUGAAGGGACGUGGGAUACUGCCUAUGACAAGAGGUCAGCUUCUAACGCUUUUAUGAUCUGUGGGAUUUUAUAUGUGGUCAAGUCUGUGUAUGAAGAUGAUGACAAUGAAGCCACGGGGAAUAAAAUAGACUACAUAUAUAACACUGACCAAAGCAAGGAUAGCAUGGUGGAUGUGCCCUUUCCAAACUCCUAUCAGUACAUUGCUGCUGUGGAUUAUAAUCCCCGGGACAACCUUCUCUACGUAUGGAACAACUAUCACGUAGUGAAGUAUUCCUUGGAUUUUGGCCCACUGGACAGCAGAACAGGGCAGGCUCACCAUGGGCAGGUUUCCUAUAUUGCCCCGCCAAUCCACCUCGAUUCGGAUCUGGAGCGACCACCAUCUAAGGGGGUAUCAACAUCAGGGGCACUGGGCCCGGUGAGCACCACUGCCAGCACCACACCACGAAUGGCCACCAGCAGCACUGGCCGCCCCACCACCACCUCAGCUUUGGGUAGGAGGAACAGGAGCACCAGCAUGCCCUCACCCAUGGCUGAUGUUCCUGAUGAGAUGACCACGCACCUCCCACCCGCCUCCUCCCAGCUGCCCCCAGCUGGUGCCGAGAGCUGCGACCCUAUGGAAGCCCGUGAUAUUAUGUGGUCUCGGACCCGGCAGGGACAAAUGGCAAAGCAACCGUGUCCCAUGGGCUCGAUAGGUGUUGCAACUUUCCGGUGUCUUGCACCAGAUGGAAUCUGGGAGCCCCAGGGACCAGAUCUCAGCAACUGCUCUUCUCCCUGGAUCAACCACAUCACUCAGAAGAUGAAGUCAGGAGAGAUGGCUGCCAAUAUUGCCCGAGAGCUUGCAGAGCACACCAGAAACCACUUAUAUGCUGGUGACAUCACGUACUCUGUGUCUGCCAUGGUUCAGCUGGUGAACCUGCUUGAUGUGCAGCUCCGAAACCUGACGCCAGGUGGGAAGGACAGUGCUGCACGCAGCUUGAAUAAGCUUCAGAAAAGGGAGCGCUCUUGCAGGGCCUAUGUCCAGGCCAUGGUGGAAACGGUGAACAACCUCCUGCAGCCGCAGGCUCUGAAUGCCUGGAGGGACCUGAAUGCAAGUGAACAGCAACGUGCAGCCACCAAAUUGCUUGACACUGUGGAGGACAGUGCCUUCGUGCUGGCUGAUAACCUGCUGAAGACUGACAUUGUCCGUGAAAACACCGACAAUAUCCAGCUGGAAGUUGCAAGACUAAGCACAGAUGGCAAUCUGGAAGAUCUGAAGUUUCCCCAGAACACGGGCCAUGGGAGUGCCAUUCAACUUUCUGCAAAUACCUUGAAACAAAAUGGUCGGAAUGGUGAAAUCAGGGUAGCUUUCGUGCUGUACAACAACUUGGGCACCUAUCUCUCCACGGAGAAUGCUAGCAUGAAAUUAGGAACUGAAGCGAUGUCUACUAAUCACUCCGUCAUCGUCAACUCCCCUGUCAUCACGGCAGCAAUAAACAAAGAGUUCAGCAAUAAGGUUUACCUAGCUGAUCCCGUGGUCUUUACUGUCAAGCAUAUUAAGCAGUCAGAAGAAAAUUUCAAUCCAAACUGUUCAUUCUGGAGCUAUACUAAGCGUACCAUGACAGGGUAUUGGUCCACCCAAGGAUGUCGCCUCCUGACAACUAACAAGACGCACACCACAUGCUCCUGCAAUCACCUAACCAACUUUGCAGUCCUGAUGGCACAUGUGGAAGUUAAGCACAGCGAUGCAGUGCAUGACCUGCUUCUGGAUUUUAUCACCUGGGUGGGCAUCCUGCUGUCACUUGUCUGCCUCCUGAUCUGCAUCUUCACCUUCUGCUUCUUCCGUGGGCUACAGAGUGACCGCAACACAAUUCACAAGAACUUGUGCAUCAGCCUUUUUGUAGCAGAACUUCUCUUCCUCAUUGGCAUCAACCGGACUGACCAGCCGAUUGCUUGUGCUGUUUUUGCUGCCCUCCUGCACUUCUUCUUCCUGGCGGCUUUCACCUGGAUGUUCUUGGAAGGUGUGCAGCUCUACAUCAUGCUGGUGGAGGUUUUUGAGAGUGAACACUCCCGGAGGAAGUACUUCUAUUUGGUUGGCUAUGGCAUGCCUGCACUGAUCGUGGCUGUGUCAGCAGCAGUGGACUACCGGAGCUAUGGCACAGACAAAGUAUGUUGGCUCCGACUUGACACCUACUUCAUUUGGAGCUUUAUAGGACCAGCGACCUUGAUAAUUAUGCUUAAUGUAAUCUUCCUUGGGAUUGCUCUCUAUAAAAUGUUUCAUCAUACUGCCAUACUGAAACCUGAAUCUGGAUGUCUUGACAAUAUCAACUAUGAGGAUAACAGACCCUUCAUCAAGUCCUGGGUGAUAGGUGCGAUAGCCCUGCUCUGCCUAUUAGGACUGACCUGGGCAUUUGGACUCAUGUAUAUUAAUGAAAGCACAGUCAUCAUGGCGUAUCUCUUCACCAUAUUCAAUUCUCUGCAGGGAAUGUUUAUAUUCAUUUUCCAUUGUGUCCUCCAGAAAAAGGUACGUAAAGAGUACGGAAAAUGCCUGCGCACACAUUGCUGUAGUGGGAAAAGUACAGAGAGCUCUAUUGGCUCAGGAAAAACCUCGGGGUCACGGACACCUGGAAGAUAUUCCACAGGCUCACAGAGCCGGAUUCGUAGGAUGUGGAAUGACACAGUUCGAAAGCAGUCCGAGUCUUCCUUUAUUACUGGAGAUAUAAACAGUUCAGCUUCACUCAACAGAGGAGCCAUGGCUAAUCAUCUUAUAACCAAUGCUCUGCUUCGUCCUCAUGGCACUAACAACCCUUAUAAUACAUUGCUCGGGGAAUCGGCGGUCUAUAACAACCCUUCUGUCAGCAUGUACAACGCACAAGAGGGGCUUCUGAACAAUGCCAGGGAUACAAGUGUCACGGAUACUCUACCACUGAAUGGUAAUCACGGCAACAGCUACAGCAUCGCCAGCGGCGAGUACCUCAGCAACUGCGUGCAAAUCCUCGACCGCGGGUACAACCACACUGAGAACGCCCUCGAGAAGAAGAUCCUGAAGGAACUCACCUCCAACUACAUCCCCUCCUACCUGAACAACCACGAGCGCUCCAGCGAGCAGAGCCGAAACCUGAUGAACAAACUCGUCAACAGCGUGGGCGGCGGGAGUGAGGACGACGCCAUCGUGCUGGACGACGCCACCUCCUUCACCCACGAGGAGAGCCUGGGCCUGGAGCUCAUCCACGAGGAGUCAGACGCCCCGCUGCUGCCCCCCCGUGUGUACUCGGCUGACGGCCCCCAGCCCCAUCUCUACAGCCGGCGGCGCAUCCCACAGGACAACAGUGAGAGCUUUUUCCCCUUGCUGACCAACGAGCACACAGACGACCUCCAGUCGCCCAACAGGGAUUCUCUGUACACCAGUAUGCCCACGCUGGCCGGCAUGCCCGUGGCGGAAAGCGUUGCCGCCAGCACCCAGACCGACCCCCCGCCGGCAAAAAGCGGUGACGCGGAUGAUGUUUACUACAAGAGCAUGCCCAACCUCGGCUCCAGGAACCACGUCCAUCAGCUACACACGUACUACCAGCUAGGCCGAGGCAGCAGCGACGGCUUUAUAGUCCCGCCGAACAAAGAGGGAACCUCCCCGGACGGCAGUGCGAAAGGACCCGCUCAUUUGGUCACUAGUCUAUAGAAGGUUAAGCAAAAAUGAAGCAAACGGACACCCACAGCCCCUCCGUAACGCUCGGUUUACUGUUCUGAGUUAAUACAAGCAGUGGUAAUAUUGUGUGUACUCCUAAAUCUUCAUGCUGUUCUAAGCGAAAUGAAACUCUCAGACUUUUUUUACUGGAAUUUUUAGGCCAGCCCGGAGAGAACAGGAACUGCUGCCCCCUCCCUCCCCCCAGUUCCUCCCCAUGCUCCCUCCCUUCAGACAGACUUCAUUAUGUUAAUGAAAGAGAUAGGACAGAUAACGGCACACUUCGUGGCCUUCUCAAGUUAUGCUGUAUUUGUUUAAACGAUCCUUGAUGCUGUGUUGCUCUUAAUACUGAGGACCUGAUUUAAGAAAGAAAAAAAAAAAAUGCAAAGAAAAAAAAAAAAAGGCCAAAAAUGUGCAUUUGAAACUAGUAGCGAUGACGCAUCUAGGUGGGAGUGCUGCACAAAACAAACAAGCUAGCAAACUGUCUGUUACAAAUCCAGAUCUUGCAGCGGGGUUUGGUCGCUCACAACUCGGUUUGAUCGCAGCACCCUUCGCUGUGGGAGCAACCGAAACAAAAAUUUAUGAUACGGAAGGGAAUCCUAGAAUUAUAUGCUAAAGGCAUAUUUUAUGUUUUGCUGUAUUAACUGACGAUCAAAACUAAUGGCAGAAAAAGAGAAUCAAACAAUUUCUAUGUAAUGUACAGAUACUAGCAUUGCACAUAUAGUCUGCUUUCUGUUCCUCCAGAACUUGCGUCCCUGUUAAUGUAGUGGAAAAAAAAUAAGAACUUUUUCUGUUGUGCUGGUCUUGUAAGUUUGUCUACCAGUAGGAGCAAGGUUUUUCAUAACUCCUGUUUUUCUUUUCUUUCCUUUUGCCUCUCCCCUCCAUCCCUCCCAUCCUGGUAAAAAGUCUCACUGGGCAGAAAAACAAACACCACUUUCUAAGGACCAUUUUUAGAAACGCGAUGGCAGUUUCUUUCCAACCAAGAGAGUCUUUUCUUUCCUCAUCGUGUAUCUUUCUCAAGCCGCCAUAUGGCCGGCAGACUUUUUGCAGAAUAGAGCAGGGCAAACUUUAUGUUUACAGUGCACAACCGAUCGUAACAAGAAUCCUGUGAAGCAUCUUUGGCAAGCAGCCCCUCACCCAGGCCGUAGGUUCGCAUCUAGAAGCCAAGAGGUUUUUGUAGUCGUAGCGGGGCUUCUGCAUGAGACGGUGAUUUCCCCAUAGGAGCUAAGGGCCUUCACGGCCCCGUCCGGUCCCCGUUUAGGCACUUGUAAUGCAGUGGUUAAGAAGAAAUUUGAUUGAUGCGUAGUGAUCUAAAAAGUACUUUUGCAGUGAUUUUUAAAGAAAAAAAAAAGUCUUCUGUUCAUUCUUUUGCCUAACAGGAAAUUUAUUUAUUUGACAUGAUUUCAAGUAACAUAGGCUUUCCAGAGGUAAAUUAGCAGCACGGAGUAUAAUUUCUUCUUUUUUUUCUUUUUUCUUUUAUUUUUAUUUUUAUUUUUAAUUUAUGAUCAUUUUGUAUGGUCUCAGCAGUUGAAUGACCUCAUUACUAAUAUUUGUUGUAAAAGUGAAGCUUGUUUGCCAACCAAUAAACAACUGAUCACAAUUUAGAAGACACUG